AUGCUUAAUGAUUCAAUUGAUAUUUAGACGUAAUCAAAAGACUAACAAAACUAAUAGCCUUAAUAUCCUUUUUUCGUGUAUAACUUCCCCUCUACUUCAAUAGUGGAUUAUAACAACUCUUAAAUUCCAUAAUUACAAAUUAAUAACUCAAGUAUUAUAUCAUUAUUCUAUCAAGAUGACUCAAUUUUUAAAGACAAUAUGCACAUUCCAUAAUUUUUAUAAGGCCUCUCUGUCCCAAGCUUUUAAUUCAACAAUUCCAACCACUUUUUAAUGAAUGAACAGAAACAUACAUAUUUACCUCCUACAACAUCUGCUAUAGCAUCUGUUUUUAAUGAACACCAAAUAUCAACUUUGGAAAAUGGCAAUAAAAAAAAUCGUAUAAUAGUUGGCACCUAAACACUUUGUGAUAUAGAAAUGAUACUCAUUUAAAGAUAUUUUGAUAUUAAGUCUCAAGUAAAUAUUUGCAAUAUUUUAGUUAUUUUGUCCUCCAUAUAUUAAAUACUCUUUAAAUGAAGAGAGAUCGAUCUCAAAUUCAUCUUGGAUGAAGGAUAGGAUAAAGAACAGAUACAAAAAACCGGUAAAAUUAAAAAAUUUGAUUAUGUAGAUCAAGGAGUCUAUGUUCAAUUUAAUUAAUGUUUUAUCUGAAGAUGAAUAAUUAAUCAAUAGAAAAUAUUUCAGCUAUUAAUAAUUUUAAUCAUAAGGAUUUGACCAUUUAGAGAAGCAAGUUGCUAAAUCAGUAAAAUAAGAGAAACCCUUUACUGAAAUGAUGAUAGAAAUUCAAUUUUUAAUGAAAUAAUUUUUAGUGACAAAAUUUUGA